UCUUUCAAUUCACCAGUGAAAACCCAGAGUUCCAAGAAUAUUAUAAGCAGAAAGAAACAUAGUUGGAAAACAAUGUCUUCUCCACGCUUGCUGCUCCUGCUAGCCUUCUUCCUCUUCUGCCUUUCUCACCAGGUUUUGUCGGACAAUGUUGAACUUGAAGACCACCAAACUCAUCUGCAGGUGGUCAAAGGUCCCAACAGAAGGCUCUUGCCUUUCGUAGACUGUGGGGGAUUGUGCAAGAACAGGUGCAGUGUGCAUUCAAGGCCAAAUGUAUGCAACAGAGCUUGUGGAACUUGUUGUGUGAGAUGCAAAUGUGUUCCACCUGGCACUGCUGGCAACAGAGAAGCCUGUGGCAAGUGCUACACUGACAUGACCACCCAUGGCAACAGGCUCAAAUGCCCUUAGAAUUUUACUCUCCCAACUUUGCCCCUGUCCUACAACCAACCUCACCUCCUACCCUUUGCUAUUAGGACUCUACUACUAGUGUCCCUUAAAUAAAGCAAAUUACUUUCCAAGUCUAUGUGUGCAUAUAUAUAUGCUCUAAGUUUUGUUGAGCUCAUAAUAUUCUAAUAUAAAUAAAUGUGUAGUUCAACUGAUUAAUA